AUGCCUCGCGAUCUUAAGAAGGGCUCAUCGGUAAGACCGAUUGCACGAGAUGACGAUGACGUCUUUGCCCCUUCACAGGGGAGCCGAAAGGGUGCAGGAAAGUCACGGAAGCACUCGAAGAAGUCCGCACAGGACUAUGACUCUGAUGAGUCUGAUUCUGACUCUGAGUUCUACAAACCUACCCAACGAGAGCUUAGAGAGAAUGGCGUACUCAAGUACAAACCUCGCGCUAUGGAUCACCUUAUGGUGAAAGUAGCAGGAGUCAACAUCAACGAUGAAUCCGACUCGGACUCCGACAAGGUCAAGAAAGCCAAGAAGGCCAAGAAGGCCCUGAAAGAAGAGGCCGACAAACAGGCUCUGAAGAGACUCGAGCGUCAGGAAGCAAAGGCACACCGGGAAGCUAUGAAACAGUUUGCUCAGGCUGCAGACUCUGAUUCCGACUCGUACAAGGCCAAGAAGGCCAAAAGUGACAGAAAGGCCAUGAAGGAAGAGGCCAACAAGCUGGCCCUGCAGAAGCUCGAGCGUCAGGAAGCAAAGGCACACCGGGAAGCUAUGAAACAGUUUGCCCAGGCUGAAGACUCCGAACUCGAGAAGCCUUCGAAGAAGAAGGGUAGCAAGUACCAUUCUCGGGCUGCAGACUCCGAGUCCGAACUUGAGAAACCCACUAAGAAGAAGGGAAAGUCCAUGUGGUCAAAGUGGAUGUAA